AUGUCCUUCGCAACGAUCCAGGAUCUCGGCCCCUCUGAGAAUACCACCGUGCCCAAUAUUCCUGUCGGCGAGGUGAUCACAGGUUUUAUUGCUUCCUGGCCGGAGGGCGGACUAAACCCACCAGGAUACGCCUACAUUGGGCUUCAGACCCAGCAACCACACCAGCCACUGCCUUCCCCUACUACCACACUGUACAGACCCAUUCCAGUCCCCGCAGAGGAAGCCGCCCGACGCACGUCCCAUCUUGGACAGCGAACACCGAUCAGCGGAGUAACCGAUUAUACCUUUCACACCUGGGCCCCUCUCACCAAUAUCCGCAGAAUCACUGCGAGUGCCGGCAUCCGGGGCCGUUCGCGGUCCGAGAGAGAUAUAUCGGGGUUGAUGUUUGAGUACUAUGAUGAUACGCCCAGUGUCGUUGUGGGACAGUGGUUUGUGCCGCACCCGCAUACGGCGGUGGAUAUCGAGCCGGGUGAGUGCGUGAGAGAAGUCACGGUCUGGACGAAGACGGUGGAUAAGCCGCUUCCCGGUUGGUAUUCCGGUUAUCCGCUGGUCACAAUUACAGGGAUUAGGAUAUGUGUCCAGGCGUCUACGGGCAGUUCACGCACCCUUGCAUUUGCCGCACCUGGAAUAGACCUCGCAACUCUGGAAGACGAGAGUGGGCGUUCGGUGCACUGGAAGAGGGCUCGCGCGGACCAUGGGAAUGAGCAUAAUAUUGAAAUGGCUCGCCAGACGACGCUCGCCUGGGAGGUAUCUCGCAAACAGGACUCGCUCCAUACAACGUGCUCUCUAUGCUGA